AUGAGUCCUCUCCCUCCCGCCAUGCCGAGGAGCGGAACGCUCACUGCAAACAUGUCUCGCAUGGCCACCGACGAGAAUGCCGCGUGGACUCGGUCUGCAGCAGCUGGAAGCGACGGGGAGGAGUACUCGAGCGAUGCAGAGGGCCUCAUGGGCAGCGAAAACGUCUCGCCUAUGGACAGCCCCACCACGUCCAGACAAGCAUUCUUGUCUCGCAACCCGGCACUCGUCAGUGGAACAAGCGGUGGCAGCUUUUCUGCUCGAGGAUCGCUGGAUUUAGCUCCGAGCAGCACGCAAGGCCCUACACCGCGUCAAACUUCCCGUCGAGAGCGCAACAGAAACGCGCCCACGGGUAGCGGUGACCAGAGCCUGGUCAACGAGCUUCAGGCGAAUCUAGUCAAUGAGAUCAGGCGUCUCCAAGCGCUGCUACUCGAGCGCGAUGGCGAAAUCAGAAGAUUGACAGAGGAAAAGGAAGAGACGGACAAGGAGCUGGGACAGUGGAAACCUCGAGCAUUGGCUCUGAUUCAGGUCGAAGGUGCGUCCAGCGGGUCUCUAACGAGUCAGACGCGCCAUGUACGCGCCCAAAUCCUGACACGCAGGUCUGCCUACCUUUUUUUCUGCAACAUCGCUUGCGCAGACAAACUUACCCAAGAGAAUUGGGAUCUCAAUGUUCAGCGCGACGAGCUCGAAGGCGAGCUGAAGGAGCACAGAGGCGCGCUCAAAAAGUCUGAGGACGACCGAAUCAAGGUGACAAAGGACUGUGCCAAGCUGCGCGAAGAAUCGGAGUCCCAAAAAGCAGAUCUCGAACAGCUUCGCAAGGAACUGGACAAACUGACCCAGUCGCGCAAAACAGAGACUGCAUUUGCGCGCCAGGAGAUGGCUGGCAUGGCGAGGCAAGUAAGCGAACUCAACCUGGCGCUCAGCAAGGCCAGAGAGGAUGCAGAUCGGCAAAACUUUAGCAGGAGCUUUAGUCGCAGCAUGAACCUUGGCAACGAGAGUCUGGAAGCGAGCACGGACGAAGAGAAUCUGCACGAGGCUGCAUCGAACAAAAGACGCGCUGCUUUGGAGAGCGGCAACGUCCCAGCAUCGCCCGGAAGCGCUUACGACGACGAGCUCGCCGCUGCGACCUCGCCACUGGCUGGUCGACUCAGCAAAGAUAGAAACAUUCCCGAACUGCGCCAAAAGCUCGCCAUGGCUCAGAAAAAGUCUGGAAAGGACACGCUCGACAAGCGUCGCUUGCGAGAGCAGAACGCAGAGCUCCGACAAUUGCUUCACAAGGCUGGUCUCAAGGCACCCGGAGCUAGCGAGGCGGAGAGCAGCGACGAGGAUGAUGCCGCGUUGUGGGACGAUGAGUCCGUCGAGCACAGCCCCUCGGCCAAGCGUGGCAAAGCGCGAGGCUUGCCCAAGAGCAGCACAGGUCGCAACAUUGCAUCUCGUCUUGGUAUCGGUCUGGGACGUCCUUCCAGAUCUGCACAUGACCAGACUGUCCAUGACGAAGAUGAGGCCGAGCAAGUGGACGAAGAAGUGGCGGAGAUGCCAGCAACGUCGAGCUCCGCGCUCAGACGAAGCGCUCGUCGUGCCAAUGUUCCUCGAAAUGUCAGCUUUGGUGCGGGAAGCCCUCUGGUCCAAACUGCGUACUUGCCUGGCGAAGACGAGCACGAUGCUUCUUCGACUGGCCACUCAACAGAACAAUGGCACGGCACAGAACGAGCAGACACGUCCGUCGUCGAUCCCCUUCCGCGUCCUCCAUCCAUGGUCCUCGCCGGCGAGACGCUCGGAGACGAGCUCGAAGGCUUGGGUGACGAUGCUGUUCGCGCUAGCGGGACCUCCUUCAUCGGCGAUGAAUCUCUUGCUCGCGACCUAGCUUCUGCUCAGCAAGUCACACGUUCCGUCAGCGGACCGUUGCCUCCUGCUGCGGACGACAAGAACAUGCAGACUGACGCGCAGUCCAGCGCGUUGGCCGACGAACUCGCAAAGAAGGAACGCGAACACGCUGCAGUGGUGGAGGAGCACACGAAGACGCUCUCUGCUAUCCGCGACGCGCAUGCUCAGGCCCUCGAGCAGCGCGAUUUGGCCCUCGAAAAGCGCGAUCGAGAUCAUGCAGCUGCUGUGGCGGAGCAACUCGCUGCCCUUGCAGCUCUUCGCGAGGAACACGCCAAUACGCUCAAUCAGCGCGACACGGACCACAGCAAGCUCUUGUCGGAUCGUGGAGAUGCGCACAAGAGUGCAUUGAGCGAGCUGGUCGCUCAGCACGCCAAGGCGCUCGACGAGCGCGAAGCGGCUGCCGAGCGCGCUGUCGCUGACAAGGAAGAAGAGCACGUCAAAGUCCUGUCUGCUGCGUUGGCCAAGCAGAAUGAGACCCACAAGGUGGCAUCUGAAGGAGCGCGCACUCGACAUGCCCAGGCGCUCGCAGAGGAAGUCGCCAAGGGCGCCCUGGCGCUCAAGGCUGCCGAAGAAGCCCACCGCAAGCUGGUUUCGGAAACGAAAGACUCUCACAAACGCGCGAUUGACCGGCUUGAAGUGGAUCACGACAAGGCGCUCAAGAGCAAGGAUGGCAAGCAUGCCAGCGAGAUCGAGGACCUCCAUUUGUCUCACGAUGCCUAUGUGCGAGACCUUGAGCAGGCAUUCAAUCGGAAUCUUCGAGAGCGCGACGAGAUCAUUCGCAAGAGUCGCGAGGAAGUCGAGAAGAUGCGCGAGCGCUUGUCGACGCUCGAGAACGAGCUCGAACGAUUGCGCAGAGAAAUUCAGGCUAGCGGUGCAGCUGUUUUGGCAGCCGAGAGCGCCAAGCGCGAGCUUGAAUGUUCAGCUGAGGAGACCAAGGCGGAGCUUGAAGAGGCACGGGCGAUCAUCGCCACUCACAAUGAAAAAGAAGACGAUGCAUUUGAAGAUGCCUCCGAGGCUCCUUCGCUCAGCCCCAAUCGUACCGCGCUCGAGAUGGACGACGGCAAGCAUGACGCAGCUGUCGCCAUGGACAGGAGCGGCACGGAACAGUCCACGCAGACCCAGAGCGAGGUCGACUCGCCCCCCACGCCUGCCGACAUUGAAGCUUUCCCAUCUCCGCCUGCUGCAAAGGCUCGCGAACUCAAAGAGUCUGCUGCACAAACGGAUCACGAGAUGUGGGCAAGGGUUCAAGAGACGCAACUCACACGAGCUGGUCUUCCCAUUCCCAACAACGUCUUGAUGCUCGGCGGCGGUGCUGCCAAUCAGCACGUGCGCGAUUCCGUCUCCACCUUUGGCGGCAAUCGAGAUGGCACCCGCAUCGAUCCGACAUCCUCCACGAUGAUGUACACUGUGGGUGCUUUGACGCGUCAACAAGCUGCAGCUAGCGUUAGCAGUCGCCGUCCAUCCAUGGACUCGACCAUCUCAACCGAUGCUCGCUUUGCUAACCCCAACGAAGUCGCGUUGGGCCAGAUCCCCGAUCGCAGCAAGCCUCCAGUGAUGGAUGUGCCUCCCCCACCGAGCAUGCCUCCUCCUGCGAACCUUCCUAAUCGUCCCACUCCUCGAGGACGUACGUCCACUUCCAACAGUGCACAAGACAAGCCCCCAGCUCGCCCUACGUCGCCCCCUCCAGCCGAGCUGGUUGCUGCUGCUGGACGGCGAGGCAGUACUCUUCAAGUUCCGCCCGGAGAACGCGAUGCCCUACCGGCCCGCUCCGCAAGCCGUGCUUCGGGUCACAGCGGAGCAGCUUCGAGCAAUGCGAUAUCUAGUACGGACUCGACAAGCAGAGGGCCGCCCAACGGCCUUCAUUCGCGCAUCGCUUCCAACCAGCACUCGGCGCCCGGUGAUGCGGCGAGCGUGGCCAGUCGCCGAAGCCGCGUGUCGGCGUCAAACUUGGCUCAGCAGCAUUUGCGGGCACCAUCAGGAGGAUCUUUCCGCUCAGACGUGACGUCGAUGCUUAGUCCGCGGAUGUCCAUCGCUUCGUCCAGAGCCUCGGAAUACGUCGAUGCUCGGAACCCAAGUACUGGUGCAACAGGUGCAAGCAGCACCAAGGGCAUGCCUCCCGGUACGGACCCAGAGGUCAUCGCCGCCAUCACUCAAACGAUGAUUGGCAACUAUAUGCACAAGUACGUUCGUCGUGGACUAGGCAGGACGGGUCUAUCAGACAAGCGCCAUCAGAGGUACUUUUGGCUGCAUCCCUACACCAAGAUGCUGAGCUGGACAAUGACCGAUCCCGGAGGUAAAGGAGUGCAGGAAAGCACCUACAAGAGCGCAGUCAUUGAGGACAUCCAAGUGGUUGAGGACAACAAUCCAAGUCCGCCUGGACUGUAUCACCUCAGCAUCAUCGUCAAGACUCCUGCUAGGGACAUGAAGAUUACCGCUCCUAAUCGCGAGCGACACGAAAUGUGGGUCUCUGCUCUGGGCUACUUGACCAGUCGAACGCAGCUGCAGGCCAACGCUGGUCUUGGUCGGGUGCAGAACGGAAGGGGCGGCGCGUCCACGCUCGCCAUGCAGCCUAACCGCGCAGACGAGGCGGAUCCUGAUCGGCCGGCUUCUAGACGCGAGCGAGUCAGCUCGAGCCGGCCUGCUUCGAUCACUUCUCGCCGUCUGCUCUCUCCUAGACGCAGCAUGGCCUCGCUUGGCGCGGGAGCUCGUGCGCGCUCGGAAAAUAUCCUCGACACGGGGGACAACACCGAGACCACCCCUCGACCCCGCGCUGGUACGAUUGGUGCUUCGUCCAUUCUCAGCAACAAGCGACGCGAUACGGCAGCUCACGAAUACCUCUCGCAGUGGGGCGAGGUGGGGAGGAACAAUGGUCCAUCUAGUCCGUCUAGCUACGGCAAGUCAUCCCGCAAGAGUUUUGGCCACUCGCGCAAUCUCGCAUCUGAUCUUUACGGAGAAAGCUCUCAGUACAGACCAUCUUCGCGCACGAGUUACGCAGCGCCUGCGGAUCCUCGUCUGCAGACUGCCGAGCAGAUGCUGGAGGAGGAUCAAGAGCGUGGAGGGUAUGAUGGGCUGGAAAAUGUCCGAGCCUGCUGCAACGGAGCUCACGAUGUGGGCGAGCUUGCGCAUCGCAAGUACAAGGAAGACUUGCGCAAGAAGAGGGAGAAGGAGUAUCGCGACCUUGCGCGCACGCAUAGGGAAGCUAGCAGUACGGCCAGUAUCCGCUCUCGACACUCUAGGCAGGGCAGUCAAGGAAGCUCGGUUGCAGGUGGAGGCAUCAAGAGCUGGAGAGACACGCUGAAACGAGCUCCUAGCGGCACCUCCACAGUAGCAUCGCGCAACGAGCCUGCCACCAGCAGCUCUCCGCCCCAGCUGGGACCUUUGAAUCUGAACACGCCGCUGGAAAAACGCGGCAAGCAGACUUCGAGCAGCCAGGGCAGCAAGAGUCCAGGCAUCUUUUCCGCCAUGACGGGUCAAAACGCUGCGCCUCGCUCUAGCGUCAACAGUAGCGCCGAGCAGCCCAUGUCUGCCAGGACCUCCAACUCGGCGGAAUGGUACUCUAGCCCGGAAGAUUUGGCCGCCUUCAUCGAGAUUGGCGAGCCUCAAGUUGAUGCGUCGGCCAAGACGACAGAGUUGGGAUCGAGCGCUGGCAGCGCUACGCCCAACGCCAGAGAGACCAACACGUUUUCCCAAAGAGUCAGCGCAAUCAGAAAGAGCGCUGGCACAUCUUCCAAGGCGUAA